CGACAUCAGUCGGAAAUAAUGCGAUAUCCGUCAUGACUUUAUAACUGCUUAAUUAACACCAAAACCAAUUUGAACAUUCACCUUAAAGAUAUCUCCCGAUAUGCCACACAUAGUCGUACUAGGCGCCGGCAUCACUGGCCUCAGCGCGGCUUUACGCAUCCAAGCUGAAGGGCAUGCCGUCACCAUCGUAGCACGAGACUUCCCAUCAGGCUCCGAAACCAUUGAUGGGAGCCAGAUUAACUACACAUCGCCAUGGGGCGGGGCACAUAACCGAUUAGUACCCCCCACCAACCCCGCUGAAGAAAGGGAACACGCCAUGAGUCUGCGUACCUUCGACCAUAUGCGUGCCGUACACGCACGGUAUCCGGAAGCCGGCAUUACGUUUAUGAAGGGAGUGGAGUACCUCGAAGCGCCCAGCGAAGCGUACCGCGGACUUUCGGAAGAACGGGCGCGUGCAUUAGGAAUGCAGGGAUUUAGGGUGCUAGGGAAAGGGGAGCUACCGCAGGGUGUGGAGUGGGGGUGCGAGUAUGAUACUUGGUGCGUCAACCCGAUGGUUUACUGUAGUUUUCUGUUACGCAAGUUUGCGAUCCAAGGUGGUAAAGUAUUACGCAAAGAAGUGAGAGAUCCGAAGGAAAUCUUCUCCUGGACUUUUGACGCGGGACCAGUGGAUGUACUGGUUAAUGCCUCGGGAAAUGGGUUUGGCGAUGAGAAUAUGUUUAUUACAAGGGGCCAGACGUGCCUUGUUGCCAAUUCGUGUCCGGUGACUGUGACACGACAGAAUGCAGACGGGUCGUGGACAUUUUGUGUACCGCGAAAUUUCGAUGGGGGUACGAUCAUUGGUGGUACGAAAGAGCCCAACAAUUGGGAUCCAAAUCCGUCCUUGGAGGUCCGCGAGACGCUUCUACGGAAGUUUGCUGCUACCUAUCCGCAGAUUCUGGGUCGUGAAGGUAAAUUCACUGUAAUUAGGGAUAUUGUCGGUCGACGGCCAACUCGAAAGGGUGGAAUGAGAUUAGAGAAAGAGACGGCAGAAGGGGGAAAGCAAAUCAUCCAUGCUUAUGGCUUGGGCGGGCGUGGUUACGAGUUAAGUUGGGGGGUUGCUGAGGGGGUGGCGCGAUUGUUAGUAGAACACCUAGGCGCCAGCUCUCAACAACAAAUCCCCCAGGUGAGAGAUGCUAAGCUAUGAUACUUAAGUCGAUUUAUGAAAUGGCAUUCAAACAUACCCAUCUAGGUACCUAGGCAGCUAGGUAGUCAUUUAGAGCGGUAUGGGCGUUAAUAUAGAUACACGAUUUAAAGCCCAAGUAGUAAUACUGAGACCAUAUCUUCUAGAGAGUUUCGGGUUUCGGAAGCAUCGCCGAUGGGUGUAUGCACGAGAUCACUUUGAGAUGGUCAUUUUAUGAUCGGUUAGCA